CUCGUUUCCCUGAGAGCCGUGUUUUGCAUCUCUCCCUAAUUUGCAUUUCUUCUUUAGAUUUUCCGUGCGACGGUCUAGCCGCUCGAAAUCAUAGAAUAAGGCGUAGCACCGCAGCAAUAUCUACAUGCUCCCGGCAUUUCCAAAUCAAUACGCACGGCGGAACCCAUUGGAAAAUUUGAAUAAUGUUACCGAAGCUUUCCGGAAGGUGAAAUUGAGGAAUAUAUUUGGAUCAAUCCGUUUGGUUGCGCACUAGAGGAGACACAUGCCUUCGAGGUAAACAGACAGCAGGACUGGACAGCCAGAUAGUAGCCUAGGUUAUAUCGUUUUUCUCCCGCGUUAUAAGCGGUUACAGGCUGUUAUAACGCCACGGUAGUGGUCCUAAGGUCGAGCAGAGCGUCAUAUUUUGGUUUGUGCACCUUGGUUCGUUAUUGAGACGCAGUUGGAAAUGUCGGAAGUACUACAAGACGAAAUGAGUCAUUAUGGAAAUGAGGACGAUGAGGGACACCUUUCCUUCACCUGUCGCCUCCAAGACACCAACAACUUCUUCAGCGGCUCGCAGGGGGGCAAACGCCCGCCCAAACUUGGACAGAUAGGCAGAAGCAAACGAGUCGUCGAGGAUGAGAGCGGCGUUGACGAGGCGCAGAAAAACGGGACAGAGAAAACACAGACGGAGGCUUAAACACACCACCCGCG